UCCGGGAGAAAUCGAACCUACAGUCUGUAUUCCUUCCUUCAGCUAAAUCAGUGUAAAGUAUAAACUUUUGAUUUUCGCUCGAAUACAAGUUAUGAGUUCCAGCCAAGACGCAUACUUUGUUUUUGAACUUUGUCUAAAGCCGACCAGUUUUUCAACCUUUUCAUAUCAUAGGUAAACGUACUCUGGUUGUGAGGAUCGGAAUGCAACUAUCGUGUGUGAUUCAUGGUACUGGUAUAGUGUUUGCUUACAUCUUACACGUCUGGUUGUAUAUUUAUGGAUAUCUUUCUACAGUCGUAUUCCUUCUCAUGCUUUUACCGGCCCCAAUUGGACUACGACAGGUACGCAACGUCUUCAUUCGCCCUUGGAAAUUCGACAAUCCAUUUUGGAGCAGUCAGCAUAAUAUUUUGUCAAUGGCCAUGGCGCUUGCCGGCAUCGUACUUUCCGAGGGAAGACCGCUGAGUGGAACAUCGUGGGCUCUUAUUUUCCCUCUAGUUCUUAUAUCUAUCUCAGUACCAGUUUCCUUCAAGAUCGUAAAAGCGGCCAAGACUCACGAUUCAAAAACAAAUUAAUGAAUUUUGCCAGGGAAGAAUAUAAUGAACACAGUUAAGGCGAUUAAAUUAGCUCUACGGUAGACA